GGAGGAAGGGUGUUGUUUGCUGGGUGGAGCUGAGACUGACCAGUCUGUUGGCAGAUCGCUAUCUUCUUUUCUCCGUCUCCUCUUCACCCCCUGUCUACGCCGACCAUUGAAAUCUCUUUUCUUUCUGCUCAACAAAGACGGUAGGAGACCAUCGCCUGGUGCAUCUCCUCCGCCGUCUCGACUGUUGUGUCGCGGUUUGGCUCGGAGGCUUCGGGAGGACGAGGAGGAGAAGAGGAGGAGGAAACGAUAGGAGGAGAACAGGAGGAGAACAGGGAUGUCUCGGAGGCGAAGCCAGCCGCACUAGAUGUUGUCUCACUGCCCCAGAAUGAGCGUAGCGCUGCAGGAUCUGCGGAACACAAUGUCCAGCUAUAAACGUGCUACCUUUGAGGAAGAGGAGGCUUCAGAUCUUCCUCGGGAUGGAAGCCCAUCGCCUGAAGGUGUCGAGGUGGGCUUCAGGAAGGGCUCCCUGGGGGGUUGGACCCAGCUGGAGGUCUGGCUGGCUGCUCUGCUCCUCGUCUCAGUCCUGCUGCUGCUCCUCACCCUCACACUGGGACUAACACAGAGCCCAGAUGGGAGCAAGGAGCUGUGUCUCUCGGAGGCGUGCGUGAUGCUGGCGGGGCGGAUGGCGGAGGCCAUGGACCGCCAGGCGGACCCCUGUCAGGACUUCUACCAGUACGCCUGCGGGGGCUGGACCCGCAAGAACCCCCUCCCCGACGCCCGGUCCCGCUGGUCCACCUUCAACAGCCUCUGGGAGCAGAACCAGGCACUGCUCAAACACAUCCUGGAGAACGGGACAUUUAACGGGACCAGUGAAGCGGAGAGGAAGACCCAGUCCUACUACCUGUCCUGUCUGAACCAGCCCCGCAUAGACCAGCUUGGGGCUCAGCCUCUCGUAGACCUAAUCACCAAGCUGGGGGGCUGGAGUAUAACAGGUAGGUGGGAGAAGGACAAUUUCAUGGAAGUUCUGAAGCUGCUGUCCGGACCGUACAGAGCCCAGCCCUUCUUCUCCCUGGGAGUCAGCACGGACCCCAAGAACUCCAACAGUAACGUCAUCCAGGUGGAACAGUCUGGUAUUUUCCUCCCAUCCAGAGACUACUACCUUAAUAAGACAGCCAAUGAGAAGGUGUUGGAUGCGUAUCUGGAGUACAUGGUGGAGCUGGGCCUACUGCUGGGAGGGAGCAGGAACUCCACGGAGCAGGAGAUGAGGCAGAUCCUGGAGCUGGAGACGGCUCUGGCUAACAUCACCAUCCCUCAGGACCAGAGGAGAGACGAGGAGAAGCUCUACCACAAGAUCACUAUCGCUGAUCUACAGGUCCUUGCUCCGGCCGUGGACUGGCUGGACCUCCUGUCCUCGUCCCUCUCUCCUCUGGAGCUGAACGACACUGAGCCGGUGGUCAUCUACACCAGAGAGUACCUGGUGGAGAUGUCUCAACUCAUCGCACGCACUGACCGCAGUCUGCUGAAUAACUACAUGAUUUGGACAUUGGUGCAGAAGGGCGUCGCUAGCUUGGACCAGCGGUUUGAGAACGCCCAGGACAAACUGCUGGAGAGUCUGUACGGAACCAAGAAGUCGUGCACGCCGCGGUGGCAGACGUGCAUCGGCAACACCGACGACACCAUGGGCUUCGCCCUGGGGGCGCUGUUUGUCAAGGAGACCUUCGACAGGAACAGCAAAGGAAUCGUACGCCGAGAGUAUGAUAAGGAAGGGAACAUGCGUCCGUGGUGGCAGAACUCCUCCCUGCAGUCCUUCCAGCAGCGCACCGAGUGCAUGGUGGAGCAGUACAGCCGCUACACUGUCAACGGGGAGAAGGUCAACGGGAGGCAGACCCUGGGGGAGAACAUCGCAGACAAUGGAGGACUGAAAGCUGCUUACAAUGCCUACCGGUCGUGGGUUCGACUCAACGGAGAAGAGAAGAGACUUCCGGCUGUUAACCUGACUAAUGACCAGCUGUUCUUCUUGGGGUUUGCUCAGGUGUGGUGCUCGGUGCGGACCCCAGAGAGUGCUCACGAGGGGCUGGUGACGGACACCCACAGUCCUCCCAGGUACAGAGUCAUCGGCACGCUCUCCAACUCCCAGGACUUCGCUCAUCAUUUCCAGUGUCCGGUCGGGUCGCCCAUGAACUCUGGGAGCCGCUGCGAGGUCUGGUAGGACGCCACAGACACUCCUGGCCCCGGGGAGGAGGCCAGGGCAGAAGGAGGAGGAGUGUGUUGCCGACUAAAGGGUGUCAUGUGGACUUGUACUCUCCUAGAAGAGCGACAUGGACUAAGUGUGUUGUUGUGUUCUUUUGUGUUUCUGUGUUGCGUGUCUUCUGUAGGUCAGGCGGUCUGGCCUCUAAGAUAGCUUUUCUUCUCUUGACAUCACAUGUUUUCUCUGUGAAUAUUGACGCUAUGCCCUUCAUAGCGAUACUAUCGUAACAUAAACUGCAUUGUGAAUAUUUGAAGUUAUGUCCUUCUUAGCGAUUACAAUCGUAACAUUAACAGCAUUGUGAAUAUUGAAUGCUAGCACUGCAGCAUUGCAGUUACCUAGCAACAGGAGUACAGAUGCUAGUACUAGUAACCUAGCAACAGUACUAAUGAUGCUAGUACUGGUUAACUAGCAACAGGAGUAAAGAUUCUAGCACCAGUUACCUAGCAACAGGAGUAAAGAUGGCUGAUGCUAAAUAUUGAAUGUCCCAAGUGGUCAGCUAAUUUAUCUGCGAAAAUAAACAUCUGUUUAAAUAGUCAAAGUGUCUGGUAAGUAAGUCUACUUUACUGGUAAUCAUCAACCGGAGGUCCUAUUCUGAACAUCUAGUUGUAUCUGGUUAAAAGGUCCAAGUGUAUGGUAAGUUAAGAAAGUUUCACACAUACAGUCUUCCCUCUAAAGUUUAGGAAGAUAUCCUGCAUGGGUUCAUCAAUAUUCCGGGAAAUCUGCACCGGCAAAUAGCCUGCUCAAGGCCUACUGACAAUUCAGGACCACUGCCUGUACGGCUGAGAUGUGAAUGAAGGCAGUCACAUUGGGAGAGAGGCAGGUGAAAUGUUAUGUCAUUUGACCUAAGACGUGUUCCUAUGAAGAGAGCCAACAAAUGAAAGCACUCCACUGAUGACGAAUUUGAAUCUGCGACUGUUUAUCAUAAUACGUCUUAAGGGUUACAUUGAUGUGUUAACAAUAUAACUAUAUCUUAUUUUGUUUGCAAACAAGUACCUUUUUUCAAGAAUGGCCUGGACAGGGUUACUCAAUAACUGUUGCAUCACCGCCAUCUGCUGGACUGUCCCUUGGCCCAUCUGUUCCGGCAUUUCUAUGUCAUUGUGUAAGGCCGCAAGACAGAAACCCUGACCAGUAUGUAGCUGCAUUUGUGAAUAGU